AUGGAACCACCAGAUCUUGAAUGUCCACCAAGCCAAAAUCUAGUAAGUGAUAAUGAUUGUAUGGCAUCGCCCACUUGGACACAACCUACUGUUACGGACAACUCUGGGGAGAUUAUUCUACCGGUAUGUGACUAUAGAAAUGGGAGCACAUUUUCUGAAAUGAAUACUGUUGUAACAUGUAAUGCUACUGAUUAUUACGGCAACAUUGCGUACUGUACAUUCAACAUUAUCAUUAUAGAUGAGGUUGCUCCUAUACUGGAUUGUCCAGAUAACGUCAUGAUGUGCACUGACUCUGGCGUAGCUUCAAUGAAUGCCUAUUGGUAUCCAGCUAAUGCAACUGACACCUGUUGUGGUGAUACUGAGGCAAAUGCUAACUACACAAGUGGAGAUGAAUUUACAGUCGGCGAUACCAUCGUAGGAUAUUCAGCAACCGAUUGUAAUGGGAACACUGGAUAUUGUCAGUUCGUUGUUACAGUAACUGCAUUUGUAGGUGGUAAAAAAUGUGUGUUAGAAACACCGGAAGUAUCCGAAGUUCAUGUGACAUCUGACCCGGAUAGCAUCACAUUAUCGACAUCAGUUGUUGAUCCACUGAAAGAAGACGGACCAUUCGAAUUGGCUGCAAGUCUAAUUAUUGACUAUGAUGAUACACUGGAAACUGUCAGUGGGAAUUACUUGCCAAUUAUUGCAUCUGACAUUGUGACCAUUGACAUGUACGACAGGAAUCAUAGAAAAAUAAGUAUCAACUGUAAGAUCUACUUCCCAGUUAUUAAGGACCUAACUACAGAAAAUAAUUUGAACGCAAAGCUCAUCCCAGCAUGUCACUACAAACACGAUAUAAAUGACUCAUCAGCGUAA